AAGAUAACAUAUAUCAUAUACUUCUUAUCACUCUUCUUCAGGCCACAACACUCGUAGCUUCCCUUCCUCCGCUUUCUGUUUGUUUCCCGAGAGAAAGUUUCAGCUACCGGAGAUGAGCUCUCAGAUCUGCAGGUCGGCUUCCAGGGCUGCUAGGUCUCUGCUUUCGGCUUCGAAGAGCUCGAAUCUCUUGGCUGAAGGGCGAGCUGUAGCAGCAGUGGCAGCACUUUCAUCUAGAGGAAAACCAUUUCUAUCAUCAUUUGGGAAUGCUGGUUCGGGAAAUGCAUACAGGGGAUGGCUUUCAGGUGUCCUUGCCCUUCCUGCAGCAGCCUACAUGAUGCAGGAGCAGGAGUUGCAUGCAACAGAGAUGGAGCGCACUUUCAUUGCAAUCAAGCCUGAUGGAGUCCAGAGAGGGCUGAUUGCAGAAAUCUUAUCACGGUUUGAGCGAAAGGGAUUUAAACUCGUGGCUAUUAAAAUAGUGGUUCCCUCAAAGGACUUUGCCCAGAAGCAUUAUCAUGAUCUCAAGGAAAGACCUUUCUUCAAUGGUCUGUGCGACUUCCUCAGCUCUGGCCCUGUUGUUGCAAUGGUCUGGGAAGGCGAGGGUGUGAUAAAAUAUGGCCGAAAACUAAUUGGAGCAACAGAUCCACAGAAAUCUGAGCCAGGAACUAUCAGAGGUGACCUAGCUGUUGUUGUAGGAAGAAAUAUCAUCCAUGGGAGCGAUGGCCCAGAGACUGCAAAGGAUGAAAUUAACUUAUGGUUUAAACCAGAGGAGUUGGUUAAUUACAGUAGCAAUGGAGAGAAAUGGAUCUAUGGAGUCAACUGAGUUUUUAGAGGCCCCAUAUGAGGAGCUGGGGUUGAAAUUAGAGGCUUAAUCAAAUCAUCGGAAUAAAAAUUGUUUUUGGUCGAGGCUCUGGAUGAGAAAAUAUCACAUUGCCACAAACAAUUGCGACCAAAUAAUCUAUUUUACCUCCUUGUCACAAACUCCAAUCAAUAAUUUAUGUGGCAUCUUCCUUCUAAAUUUUGGAGGAUUUUCUUCUAGCAUAUCAUCUUUCAUUAUUACUUGGAAGUUCUCGACUUUGGCCCUUUUUGAUUUUUUAAUUUUUAAUUUUUGUUUAUUUA